AUGCUUCACAUCCAGAAAACUUCAUACACCAGUGAAUCUAUGGAAAUACUGAAAACUGGCGGCCUUCAUCCCACCCUUGAUGAUUGUUGCUCAGAAGAUUUGGGCAACCAGGCACCGUUUAUCGAUCGCCAAUGGGCCAAACAAAUGAAGAAGCUUCACUCUCCCACUGUCACAGAACAAACCAAGCAUAAUAUUGGUCAAUAUCCUCUCACAUCUGGACUUGCCAGCUGGGUUGCGGAUAGUUUCAAAAACUAUCAACCCUCGAAUGACGCAAUAGCUUUAGUUCAACAGUCCUCUACCCAACUACAUGAGUUCUUUGAGAAUGAGCGUGCUAUAAGCACUGGCUUUCACAACCUCAACCUUCUUGAACUGGUCUAUCAAGUCACUUUGGAAGCUGGAACGGAGAUUUUAAUCGCCGCUUCCAAAGAAAGUGACAACGUCCAGGCGCACACGCCAAUCCACUCUCGUGGUAGCCUAGAUGACCAUUUCGCUUCCUGGGGCAAGCUACUCACUGGCAUCGAAUGCGACCCGCCGGCCAUUGCUCAGAUCCCCUUUUUUCUGCUGCUAGGCCAGGCAUUCUCUUUGGAAACCUAUUCGGCUCGAGAAAACUACAUCUAUGCUACUCUUAUUGCGGUCGAUUGGAUGAAAUGCAAAAAUGAAGAAAGCGAAAGAUUUAAAUUGUUUGAAAAGCGCAUUUAUGAAUCUGUCCCAGCGCUUGCUGACCAAUUGUCUGGGGAGGACAGAUCAUUCUGGAGGAUUGCCAUUGCCUAUAUUAGCGCUAUGAGCAAGACAGAGGAUAUCAAGAACCUUCCUACUCCACGUCGAUCGUAUGUCGAUACAAAGAUGGACCCGUAUCUUCUCAUGGCCAUGCGGGCCUUCGACGGUAUAGGGUUCGUCUACAUGUGUAGUGACGGCGCCACCUUUCUUGAUAACAAAGGAAUGGAUUCUCUCAUCGGAUCGGCACUUCCCAACGAUAUCAUAGACCUUCACACAGAUAUCAAGAGUGCAGAGACGCGCAAUCUUCUACGCCUUCUGUACCCUAACACCUUGACCAUUGAUCAAAGUGUUAAGGCUAUGUCCACCGUCCUUUCUAGCAUGCUAUGCGAGAUAUUCCGUGGACACAAACGCGCUCACCUUGAAGGCCGUGAGGAUGGUCGCAUCGCUGCAAGCUCGAUCCCCUACAGCCUUUGCCGAGCUCGCCGCCGUCAAAUCUUUGAGACCAUGGAAAUCUACAUAGCCAAAUACCCCCAAUUCUGGGAUUGGGUUUGGCGUAUCCAUAGCCAUGCCAAAGCUCAGAUCACUGAAGCCGGUCUAGAUGAGCUCCUUGCCGAUGCUCUCUACCGAAGCAUGGAUCAAGGACCACUUCCUAAAUCACCACGUAACGCCUUCUUUGACCCUUUCUUUGAGAUGAUUGAGGGCGAUGGACCUCAAUUGCAGGGGAAAAAUCCCUUGAAUGUCCACGAGGAUCUAGGCCAAGUUAUCAGUGAACUAUCUCGCCUGUGGCACGACCAGUUACUUGACCCAGGUAAAGAGGCCGGCUGGGGCCGUGUGUUUGAUGAAAAGUCUGAUGCCCUUUUUGGGCGGGCGGGCGACAUUUUACACGCCAGAGGUAACGUUGCUGAUGAGGUGUUCGGGUUCGCCGUUGCUUACGGGCACUUGUCUAUGGCCUUGCCGUAUGUUGCUUACCACGCUAUAGAUGCUAUUAUCCUGACAUAUGGGAUAGCAUCUUAG